UGAAAAUCUCUAGGGGCAACAAGGCGGGCUCAGUCUCUCCAUCUCAUGGUUGCUGCCGUGUCCAUUUCCCUCUCGGCGGCUCCGCGCACCACGCGAAUGACCACACGUGCGUCUCCUCGAGCCGCUACAACGUCCACAGCUUCGUCCACCGCCUCUCUGUCCGCCACAGCGUCCACGGCUCCGUCCACUGCGUCAACCCGCCGUCGACCUCGUAAUACUGGCCCAUUAAAGGGCGUCGUGGCCAUGGUGGACGUCCGCGUGGGCGCUGACGCUCAGAUCGACUGCAGCGAUGUCGUGGCUCGUAAACUACGUGAGCUGGGGGCCUCCACUGUCAAGCGGUUCACUCCCAAGCUCACUCACAUGGUACUAAGCCACUUUACGCCGGUAUGGAAGACCAAAAUCGCCAAGUGGCAAGCAGGCGGCGGUUCUAUGGCUGCAGCGGCCACAAGGUACGAGCUAAAGAUCGUCUCACAGCUCUGGGUCAACGCCUGCUACGUCAGUAAGAAGCGAAUGGACGAACGACCAUUCUUCCCGGUAAGUCAGCACAAUAUUAUAGACAGCAGUGCGAGUACAGUUAAACCCAAGCUCAAGAGACGACAGUCGCUCGGUUCAGAGGCUUCUAAGACGGAAAAUAAAGAGAAUACGGACACCAAGACAACAAGCGCUACGACAGAAGACAAGAAGGAGGCUACAACAGCGCCAACGUCGAAUUUUAAGGUGAAUAAGGCGCUGAAUGGCGGCAGGAGGAAGCGACGCGCAUUGUCGAUGGAGCCAGUGACGUCAGAUGCCAUUCUGAAGAUGCUGGGUACCGAGCCGGUGCCGGAAACAGAGUUCAGUACACCUAAGAAACAGCCUAUUCGCCCCAAGAGUGUCAGCUCGUCGGCUAAGCGCAGGAAGACGCUGAAUGGGCCACCGACACAACAGGAUGAGGACGAAGUCACAGCGUCUCAAGCGAGUGGGAUUGUAGCGGAGAGCGAGUCGGAGAAUGAGGACGAGAGGGUGAAGACGAACGAUGUGAUUGUGAUCCAGGACAGUCAAGCGAGUCAACCGUCUCCUGCUCCACUCAAGGAGCCCGUGGUCUUGUCAGGCUCGAGUAGUACACCUACUACCAGCAACGGGGAGUUCGAUAUAGGUACACCUGACGACAAGAGGCCGACAGCACGAGAACUACGACGUCGCAACAGGAACUCGCUCUCGUAUGGCAGCGGAUUGACGCUAAAGACUGGAAUUUGGUCUUGUGCAGCGUGUGGGUGCUCGAAUCCACGGUCACGUAGAUAUUGCACUGAUUGCCACGCAUCAAGAGGCUCCGCGAAGUCGCCAGGUGCUGAUAGUACGGCGACUGCGUCGCCUGCAACUGUUGCGAGCACAGUAGACUCGCCCAAGACUCCAGCUACGCCGGCUACUGCAUCAGCUCCUGCUACACCGAAGCCGAAGACGCCGACACCCAAGAAGAAGAGAACUCCAGGCUCUGCUAACAGUCUGAAGACACCUCUCAGUAGCCCAUCGCUUGAACGGACUCCACGCUCACUAACGCGACCGACUGCAAGCUCAGCUGCCAAGAUUCGAACACCAAGUCCAGCAGCAUCUAGAGCGCGGUCUGCUACGAAAAGCGCAACUCCCAGUCCUGCAAGCAGAUCAAGAACUCAAAGUCCAGCAGCACGGAGCUCUGUACCCAAGCAGACAACGCGUUCCUCAUUGGCGAGUGCUUCAGUAUCGAUCGACAUGCCAAAGCCUCCAGUGAAGAAAGCACAGCGGACAGUACCAGCGACAAAAGCCCCGUCAAGUGCCAUGAAACUCACACAGAGUGCUGCGAAGAAGCGUGCACGUCCUCCUGUCUCCACCAGUAGUCUGACGACCCCAGUAGUCAAGAAAGCGCGACGAGAUAACAAGGGAAGCACCGUGGACAAGCAGCUGGUAACUCCUGGCUCAGUCUCCGGGUUCAUGCGAAAGCACCGUGAGGUAAACUCCACUCCGAUUCCUAUGGCGAUGAGCUUCUCCAGCACAACAAGCAGAAAAACACCGCGAAAGUGUCCCCGUAACGUGUUUGGUAUCACCGGAGUAAGUGCAGAAGCGCGUGGGGUUCUCCAAUGUGCGAUUCACGCAAUCGACGCCAAUAUGGCCAAUGAAUCCGGAUAUCGCAAGGCGCGUGUGGUCAAGAGUGUGGAUUACGCUGCAGGCGUGACGCAUCUUAUCGUGGGCAGAGAUACAAAACGCACCAUUAAAGUGCUUUUUGCGAUUGCCCGUGGCGCUUGGAUUGUGACUGAAGACUGGGCGUUUUCGUCCCUAGAACAAGAACGGUGGCUACCAGAAGAAGACUUUGAACUGACCAUGUUUGCCAACAAGUUCUCGCGUGAGCACCCCGAGUCUCGGCAGAUCUUCAAAGGCACCAAGUUUUUCGUUGGUUCGACCGUCGAACCAUCGCGUGAAGUUCUGCAGUCUCUUAUUCAAGUCGCAGGCGGAGAGAUUUCCAAACAGGUUUCAGUUGCAGACAUUUGUAUUUGUGGCGAUGCGUCGCUGUUCCGACGAGCUCAGCGGACUGGUAUUCGAGUUGUCACCGCGAAGUGGGUAUUUGAUAGCAUCGCGAGCAUGAAGCUCCAAGGUGACACUGGGUACGCUUUUACCGAAUCGUUCGGCACGCCUGCCAAGACUCCGUCAAAAAGUCGUCGUGCAGUGGAGUCCUUCGGUACACCUGCGCUAACCCCCGCGAAAAAGCGUUCAGCUGUGACUUCAGGACUCGAAGCUCACUCCACCGUUCCAGAGUAAACCAACAAGCGGCGUGUACGUCGCUGCUGCGACAUCCCUUAAGUUUUGAAUGUUCACGUCCUUUUCAAGUGAUUUGACACAGGGUUGUAACAUUCGCGAUCCCAUGACACACUCGAACCCACCUCUUUGUCAUGUUGAUACUGACUAGCGCUCUGGGUGCCCGCUACGCCGACGCUUUAGGCAUGGCUAACUGGCUUUGUGUAGGUCAACCCUUCCUCCACUGCGCUGCGGAGUGUCCUACACGAUGAAACAAUUUUCUUGUAACUGUCCAAAACUUAUACUAAGUAAAUAAAAUUGUUGGAACGCUGUUCACAGCCUUCAUUAAACGAAAA